AUGGCUACAUGGAAAACUGUGGACGAUUUUUAUGAACAUUCUCAUGUUGCAUGUGUUCGAGUUGAUGAUUUGAAUCAGUACGGGAUUUCAAAGAAUCAGAAAGGAGUAUCAUAUUAUUUGAAUUAUUCACUAUUACUACUUGACAGACAUAUUGGUUUACGCCAUUUAUUUCUACUCUCAAUAUUGACCGUAUAUUCACUUCUCGGAGGAUAUUAUUUAUGGUAUUUCGAAAGCAAUGGAGAAGCUGAAGCAGUACCAGCCAGGAAAGCUGGUCUAGAGAAUAAAAUGCUGGAAAUAGCUCAAAGAUAUAAGAAUAUGAACUCGAAUCUAACGAAUGAAGAAAAAUCGGAAUUAUUAAAGAAAGAUUAUCUUGAACUCCUCAACACAGAUGGACUUUAUAAAUGGUCAACCUACUAUAAAAGUGAUCAUGAUGAUCACUGGAAAUGGACAUUUGGCAGCAGCUUUUUCUAUUCGACAAAUGUAUAUACUACGGUAGGAUACGGAUCAAUUGCUCCUGAAACGUUGGCUGCAAAAUGUUUUACUGUACUAUAUGGCACUUUAUUCUGUCCUAUAACAUGGAUUAUUGUUCGUGAUAUUGGACAACUAGCACUUGUUUAUAUGACAACAGUUUAUGCAAGAUUGAAGCUACGAUUCAUGAAAAUUGACGAAAAAUCUGAUCAGGUGUUCAUGCUACCGAUAUGGAUAUGUGUCAGUAUUUGUGGACUCAUCAUGUUUAUUGGGACAAUAUGGGUGUACUAUUACGAUGCUAUGUCUGGACCACCAGGAUCUGGUCUUGACUGGUUCCUUUCGAUGUACUUCACCUUUCAAACAUUUACAACCAUUGGUCUUGGUGAUGUUAUGCCUAAUAACAUACCAUUCGAUCCAGUUAUUUGUUCCGUGUUUUUCUUCACCUUGCCGAUGUUGAAAGUUAUGAACCGAAUCUGCUACCUUAGUAUGGAAAAUGGUGUCUACGGUGCGUUUGAGGUUCUAAGCAAUAGAAUACAGGCAAAUUGCUGUAAACAAGCGGAACCAGCAUCGCAGAUAGAAGUCGCUAUGAAGCCAGGAGAUCAGAAGCAAGCAGAUGAGCUUGACUUCACUAAUCAAUUGACUAUUCAAUCGAUAGCAACGUUUAUGAAAUCGAAUGCUGACGUCUAUGGCGGUCGACUGGGAAGAGUUUACCCUAUUCGUGUCAAGUACCUAAACGGAAAGGUUCUGGAUAUAGCAAAGAAGCUUAAGGAGAACUCAUCGUGGAACAUUUCAAGGAUAUUUCAAGAGUUUAAGACGGACUACAAGGAUUUGCUUGCUUUCGACAAUGUUUACAAAUGGUCUGCUUAUUAUCGUACAGAUGUACAGUAUAAGUGGAAUCCAUGGAGUGCAACAUUUUUUGCGAUGAACCUAUACACAACUGUUGGUUACGGAACAAUUGCUGCCGAAACUACCAUCGGAAUAGCUGUAGUUAUUCUUUAUACAUUACUUUUCUGCCCAGUAACAAUGGUAAUUAGUCGUGAUUUGGGACAGUUUGGCUUGGUUUACCUAACAAAACUGUAUGGUUUCAUAAAAUUCCGAUAUACGUCCACGAUAGAAAAAGCGAAACUCCAUGCUGAUGAUCUUAUAAUCCUCCCUAUAAAAUACGGCUGGAUAGCUAUGUUCGGAUUUCUUGGUAUUACCACAAUUUUCUUGUACUACUAUGAUGGUCUCACCGGUCCCGAUGUUGGCUUAUCGUGGUGGGAGUGUUUUUAUUUCUCUGUACAAACCUAUACUACUGCUGGAUUCGGUGAUAUCAUGCCCAUCAACGUUACGCCUGAAUGGGUCAACAACUUCACCAUUCAUUCGUUAGCUGCUAUGGCAUCAAGUUCAGCUGAUGUAUUCGGUGGAAAUCUUGGAAGAGUUGAUUUGAGAACCGACGAUUUAUUACCAGUACAGGAUCCUAUAAGAAAACCUAGUAAUGCUGCUUAA